AUCGCCAUUCCCGCGUAGACAGCAAAGUCGCGGCGCCCGGCGUCGACCAGUCAACCCUAACGCUCCUUCAGCUGCGAGUCACGUGAGAGGAUCAGCAGCGAGCCGAGCAACAACCACCGGCGUACCGAGUCCACCGGGUGCAACGAAACGCGGCCCGUCGGUUUUCCAGCAACAGAAAUAAGCAGUAAUGUUCAGAAUGAAGACGAGAACAGGCCUGUUAACGUCCAGCUUCGCUUUCGUCUGCGUCGUCGGCGUCGUCGGAAAACCGGCUGCGGCGAUGGAAGAGACGCCGUCGUCUUCUUUGAAUUUGCAACACUACAAUUCGCUAGACUCCAUGGGCUUCGACGAUCCUUUGCCGGCGAAGAGAGCGUACACUUAUGUCUCCGAAUACAAAAGGCUACCCGUUUACAACUUCGGAAUUGGGAAACGCUGGAUUGAUAACAGCGACGAUAAGAGAGGACGCCAAUACUCGUUCGGGCUGGGAAAGCGCACGAGGCAAUACAGCUUCGGCCUGGGCAAGCGUAACGACAACGCGGACUAUCCGAUGAGGAUGAACCUGGAUUACGUACCGCUGGCUUUCCACUCGCAGGAGAACGUGGACGACAUGUUCGAGGACAAGCGGGCGGUUCAGCCGUACAGCUUCGGCCUGGGCAAAAGGGCAGCGCACGCGGCGUCGUCCGGCGAGCCCGUCGGCAACGGCAAACGACCCAACGACCUGUUUAGCCAGAGAUACCAUUUCGGGCUCGGGAAGAGGUUGUCCGACGACGACGAGGACUCGCUGGAAUAGGACCUCGUCGAGCUAGCCUCGUCGGGGAUGAAGCUGACCCCGCGGGCCGGCCCGGCCGCACGACGUAGCUCUACUUCGAUGUCGCAGAGUUUUGUUGUCAGACGAAAUAUAACGAUUGCGCAACAAUAAAGACACGUUUUGAAGUUUGAACGCUUGAUACCCCCCGACUUUCCGUUCUCUCCUCUUUCUUCGCGGCUAUGAGAAUUCGAUUUGACCCAUGGAUUCGACGAAACUCGAGCGUCGCGCUGGCUGCCGCGGCGGUUGUCGGUGAUCGGAGCUUCGGAAUUACUUACGAACAAUCCUAAGUUGUCCAAGAUGCGGAAAAUGUUUAGUAGAUUAGUAGGUAACAGUGUGACGUAAGCAUUGCGAUAAUUGGCGAUAGGUAAAUGUUUCUUUUUAGCUUUGUUGCGAGGGAGUAAGCGAAAUGAAAGUUUGAAGGUUCUCGUGGCAGUCGCGUUAAGCGACUUUUCAUUGAUUUUUAUUGUCCUGGAUGUGUUUGUUCAGUUUGUAAUGGUGGUUGGUGCUUGGAAUUUUAUGGUUUUCGAAAGAUGCGUUUUGGAAUGCUGAGUUUGAAUGUGAGCUUCGAGGUGCUCUUUUCGUUGGUCUCUUGGGGUUGAGUUCAUUGAGUUUGGAAUAUGUGCGUCUUAUUUGUGUUGAAGUAUACGCGAGCUUUUUGUGUAAUGGUUUGUGCUGGACAUUUGCAAUAUUGUAUUGGAUCCUUCGUUCGGAAUUCCGAGGAAAUUUGGGAACAGAUGUUACGGAGAGAUAGUAAGAAUAUUAAAAAUGAUUAGUUAGUAGAUUAAACAUAGUGUAUUCAUUAGCGAAUUAUGAAACGACCUUGCACGUGCGAAGUGUAUCGCGUAAAUCACAAUUUUCAACGUGUGUCCAGUUCUACGAAAACUGUUACCUCCCGAGAACCAUAAAAAAAUAUAUAUAUAUAUAUUCGUAAUGUUAAUGAAAAUUAAUAUAAACGUGUCAUUAAUGUCAAUAUGCAAUUGCAAAGUCAUCUUACUUGAUCUCCGAUGAGUCGAUCGAAUCGUCGUUCAGUGAUCCAGACAAACAAGUAUUUCGUCUUCUAUAAGUUAAUUAUUUAAGAUUCAUUGAGCGUUUAAGUCUAAUUGUGAGCGGGAGCAGAAUUUUCUCUGCCUUUCUGUCGUACAAGCCUCUUUAUAGA